AUCAUCAUCGUAAUUCAAUUUUUUUUUUUUCAAAAUCGGAUUUUUGAAAACAAAAAAUCAUCAUUUCAUCAUGCGUAUAUGAUGUGUGUGUGUGUGUGUUAUUCAUUCACGAAUCCGGUUCCAGUUUGGAUUAUGAAAUUCCUAAACAACAAGAAACUAUAGUCCAAACAUACAUCGCAUAACACCGCACGCACAUCCCAAAACCGAAUAAACAUUGUUAUCCAGGAAAAAAAUACGAUGCAACGACGUCAUAGUCAUCGAAUUUCUUCAUUCACAAAAUUACGUGAACGACCAAUUCGAAAUGAUAAACAAUUACGUGCAAUUGUUCGUGUUGGACAAUCGGUUAAUUUUGCUGUUGAACGUUUUGCAUCGGUUGGUGAAUCAAUAGCUGAUGAUAAUCCAGAAAUUCGUAAUGAAAUGUAUGAUGCAUGUAAAGAUGCACGUACAGCAGGUGCAUUAAUUGAACAGUUAUGUAGUUUAACGGCACCAAGUCUUCGUGGUGGUGGUGGUGGUGGAAGCGGUACAAUUAACGAUCCAAAUAUUGAUAAUGUUGUUGAUCAGGUUUAUAAUCAACAUGAUACAACAACAACAACAUCGACAACCAAUAGUGUUGAAGAAACGACACGUCAAUAUGCCGAUCGUCAAGCAAUGGCAAGAGCUGCUCGUGCAUUAUUAUCAUCCGUUACAAGAGUAUUAUUAGUUGCCGAUACAGUUGUUGUUAAACAAAUUGUUGCUAGUAAAGAUAGGGUUUCAAUGUCAUUAAAUCGGCUGGAAAAUGUGGCCAAUUUUACUGAAUUUGUUAAAGCAUUUUCACAUUUCGGUAUGGAAAUGGUUGAAUUGGCACAUUUAACAAGCGAUCGAAAAAAUGAUUUAAAAAAUGAAAAACGUCGGGCACAAAUGUCGGCAGCACGUAAAACAUUAGAAAGAUCGACAAUGAUGUUGUUGACAACAUCAAAAGUUUGUCUUAGACAUCCAGAUUGUCAAACGGCUCGUGAAAAUCGUGAUACCGUAUUUGCUCAAAUGCGCCGUGCAAUGGAUUUAAUACAUUUUGUUGUCAAAGAAGGUAUUGUAACCUAUCAAUCAAAAUCAUCAUCAACAUCGAUAGCAAUUGCGGCAGCUACUGCAGCUGCAGCCGCUUCACAUGCUGCUGCAACUGCGGCCACAUAUGGAUCAUCAUCUUCAUCAUCACCACAUCCUUAUCAUCGGCCAACAUCAUCAUCAUCGAAUGCAACAACAGUAACAUCAUCAUCAACAGCAUUACAUUUACCAUUUGAUCCGCACAAUGAAGCCCUAUUAUAUGGUUAUGAUUAUCUACAACAACGUGCUCAACAACAACAACAACAACAAAGGUGUUCGUCAAGGGAUAUGUUUUCCAUACCAAAAUAUCAACGUCGUGGCCAAUUACAUCGUGUUCAACGUACAAUACCGGGCAAUUCAUUUGUUUUAGCCGUUGAAUCUACAUUACGAUGGUUACAUGAACAAUUGGAUGCCUGUCCAACAAUUGUUAAUUUUUUACAACGAAUCUGUGAAUUAUCCGAUCUGGCACAAAUGGGUCAGAUGACUAGCCACGUUAAAGAACAGAUAAUGUUUGCAUUGGAUGCUGCCAUUGAACGUACUCAGGAUUUUACUGAUUCAGCAUACACUAAUCAUGAUCAUCGUGAACAAAUAUUAUUGUUAUGCGAUCAACUUCGUGCCGAAGUCGAAGCCUUUUUUCGAGCUGUUGUUUGUUUUGAAUUUAAUAAUCAAGAUGAUUCACCUUGUUUUCAAACAUCUACAGUGAUUGGUGAUGAAUUUGAACAAUAUAUUUUACAAAUAACCAAUAUAUCCAAUGAGCUAAAAAACAAGCUACAAAAUGUUUCAUUAGAACAAGCGGAUGAAUUAUUUCGUCAUCAUACAUCAUCAAUCGACCUGCCAGUAUUGCUCAAAGGUUCAGCAAUCGACUGUGAUCAUGAACAAAUUGAUGAACUUAUUGAACAAUUUCGUGAACAUUCUGAUCAUGUUCAAGAAGUUUGUCGUUUAUUGUUUCAUAUAUCACCAACUUCAUCAUUACAAGUGACCGCUGGUCAUACGGAAACAUCAAUUGAAAUACAUGGUGAACAAUUACUUACAGCAUUACAUACAUUAAUAUUAUAUCCAAAUAGUAAAAUUGUAAAAGAAAAUUAUGAAGUAUUUGCCGAUGUUUGGUCAUCAUUAGUUGGUGAUAUAUCACAAAUAAUGCGUGAUAUAAGCGAUUAUUUUCAUGAACAACAUGAACGUGAACUAUUGAAUCGUCCACCAGUUCCGGCUCAACCCCCACCACCACCUAUACCACAUGUUCCACCUUCGGCUACACAACAACAACAACAACAACAACAAUCAUCACCAUUAUCAAUGGGACGAUUAGUUCCACCCGGUGCUACAAGAUCAAUAUUAUCAUCACCAUCAUUAGCUACGGCACCAAUUUCAAUGAAAGGAAAUGUACAAUCAUAUGGUUAUCUAGAACCGGGUAAAGAACCAAUAUUAAUGACAGGUGAUACACCCGGUACAGAUAUGUAUGGUGUAGCUGCAAUGCCUGGUGCAGCUGCCGCUAUACCUGAUAUUGAAGAUCCUUCUGUUGUAUCCGGUGCUGCUGCUGCUGCUACUUCUCGUCCAACAAAUGUACAAAUCAAUCCAGAAGUUGAAGUAUAUGAAAUUGAAAAAUCUUCCGCACCAUCAGUUGAUUUGGAUGAUAAUGAUAUUGUAAGAAAAGCUAAAGCAAUGUCAUCAAUGGCAAUGUCAAUGUUUCAAUUUACUCGUGGUGAAGGUGAAUUAAAAACAACACAAGAUUUAUUCACUCAAGCAGAAUUUUUUGCCGAAGAAGCCAAUAAAUUAUAUAAAAUUGUUAGACAUUUUACCUAUCAGAUUCCAACUGGUGCACCAAAAAAAGAGCUUUUGGAUUGUAUCGAUCAGGUACCAACUUAUGUACAGCAAUUACAAUUUGCUGUUAAAAAUGUUACCGUUGGUAAAACAGCUACUUUUACUAAAGUUGAUAAUGUUAUACAAGAAACAAAAAAUCUAAUGUCAGUUAUAACUAAUGUUGUAAGUGCUAGCCUUAAUUGUGCCAACAAGCAUAAUUUGGAUAUGCAAGGUGCAUUACGUACACGUGCACGUACAUUAUCACCAUCAUAUCGACAAGAUACGGAAAUGUUUUUUGAAGGUGGUGCAAUGUCAAAAGGUGGUGUUGCAUCAUCUGAUCCAGACAUCUGACAAUUCGGUAUGGGCCGUAGGGCCCUCAAACCUUCGGGUGAAGGAGAUGCGCGUCGAACACGCGUUUCUUUUUUACUCUUUUAGGGUCAAAAUCCAGACGAGAAUAGCACAAAAACAAAAAUUUUUCAUCAUAACAUUUUAUUAUUCACAUAGUUUUCAUUAGUUCUUUUUUACAUUCAACAAAAAUAGUCUAAUUCAAGCGAAUUAGGAGAGAAAGGGGAAAAAAAAUCGACCAAAUACAUAAUACAAGCACGCAUAUAAACCAUCACAUCGAUCAAUAUAUUUAUCAUCAUUAUUUAAUGAGACAAAUUUUCCAUCAUCAAAUAAUCUUUAUAUAUGUAAACAACAACAAUCCAUGGAAAUCUAUUAAUAUCCAGAAAGAAAA